GCCUGGGCAGUGUAGGCAGGGCACCCAGAUCCAGCCUUCGGUCCAGGCGGACGGCCUCAGUUUAGUAGAUGUGCUGAGUUGGAUCUGGGGGUCCCCCAGGCAGUCUCAGACCAAGAACAUUUCCAGGGUGGGAGUUGGUGCUGAGGCAGGUGCUCAGGAAGAGAAGGGGAAAGCAGCGGAGAACCCCCAAGCGCCCUGGGCUCAGCGCCCCCCAGGAGCUGGGCAUUGUGCAGAGAGGACAGCCCAGAAGCUCUUGCUCCAUGCAGAGCUGAAGCAAGUUUUACAGAAGAAAGGAGAGAGGCAGGCUGCAUCUGGGGCCCUGGCCUCAACCUCUGGACGUACCAUGGAGGCCAGAAGUAGGAGUGCUGAGGAGCUCAGGAAGGCAGAGCUAGUAGAGAUCAUCGUAGAGACUGAGGCUGAGACGGGCGUCAGCGGCAUCAACGUGGCAGGCGGGGGCAAGGAAGGAAUCUUCAUCAAGGAACUGCUCAAAGACUCACCAGCAGCCAAGACCCUCAGCUUGCAGGAAGGAGACCAGCUGCUCAGUGCCCGGGUCUUUUUUGACAACUUCAAGUAUGAAGAUGCUCUACGCUUGCUGCAGUGUGCAGAACCCUAUAAGGUCUCCUUCUGCCUCAAGCGGACAGUGCCCACCGGGGACCUGGCACUGCGCCCGGGCACCGCAGCCGGCUACGAGGUCAAGGGCCCCCGGGCCAAGGUGGCCAAGCUGAACAUCCAGAGCCUGUCCCCAGUGAAGAAGAAGAAGGUCCUAGCUGUGUCGGGGGCCCCGGGAAUCCCCUCAGACCUGGCCCCUGUUGAUGUUGAGUUCUCCUUCCCCAAGUUUUCCAGGCUGCGACGGGCAAAGGCCGAGGUGGCCCCGGGGCCCACGCUGCCCGCCCCCGCCCGCCGACGCUUACGUCUCCCCCGGCUGCGGGUGAGGGAAGUGGCCGGUCCCGGUCCAACUGCCGAGCCGGUGACCCAGGUCCCUUCCUUGGCCACCAUCCCCUUCCUUGGAAGCAGGAAGGCCAAGGUGGAGGGUGCUCUGGCUAGAGAGGAGCCAUCCUUUGGGGCUCGCUUUGUGACCCCCCAGCUAGAGCUGGCUGGGCCUCAGAGGGCAGGCGCUGAGGCGGUGGCUGAAGCUCCACAGCCUCCGGGCACUGGAUUUAGCCUCCAUCUGCCCUCAUUGGGCCUGACAGCCCCAGCGGCCCCUGUGCCUGAGGUGGCCACAGGGGGGAUUCAGGUACCCCAGGUGGAGCUGCCUACCCUCACCAAAUUGCCUUGCCUAGAGGCCAGAGAAGGUGGGGCCGUGGCAGCACCUGCUUUAGAUGUGUCUGCGCCAUCCGUGGAGGUGGACCUGGUGCUGCCUGGGGCCGAGGCUGAAGUCCGGGGAGAAGGGCCUGAGGUCGCUUUAAAGGUGCCCUGGCUCACCUUUCCCCGCUUUGGUGCUCGGGGGAAGGAAGGGGUAGGGCUUGAGGGGGAGGGGAAGGCUGGCAAAGGAAUAAAGGGCAGUCCUGAGGCCAGGGCCAAAGGGCCCAAGCUGCGGAUGCCCACUUUUGGGCUCUCCCUGCUGGAGUCCCGGCCAGCUGUACCCGAACCCACCACAGAAGGCAAGUUGAAACUGCCCACAAUCAAGAUGCCUUCUUUUGGCAUUGGGGUGCCUGGGGCUGAAGCGAAGCUGCCCAAGGGCCCAGAGGUGAAGCUUCCCAAGGCCCCAGAAGUGAGGUUGCCAAAAGUUCCUGAGGUAAAGUUGCCAAAGGCACCAUGUGUGCAGCUCCCCAAAGGGCCUGAGGUGAAGAUGCCCAAGGGGCCUGAGGUGUCCAUCCCAGAGGUGCACCUUCCAGACGUGCAGCUCCCGAAGGUGCCGGAGAUGAAGAUGCCCAAGGGACCUGAGGUGUCCAUCCCAGAGGUGCACCUUCCAGAGGUCCAGCUCCCGAAGGUGCCGGAGAUGAAGAUGCCCAAGGGACCUGAGGUGUCCAUCCCAGAGGUGCACCUUCCAGAGGUCCAGCUCCCGAAGGUGCCGGAGAUGAAGAUGCCCAAGGGACCUGAGGUGUCCAUCCCAGAGGUGCACCUUCCAGAUGUGCAGCUCCCGAAGGUGCCGGAGAUGAAGAUGCCCAAGGGACCUGAGGUGUCCAUCCCAGAGGUGCACCUUCCAGAGGUCCAGCUCCCAAAGGUGCCGGAGAUGAAGAUGCCCAAGGGACCUGAGGUGUCCAUCCCAGAGGUGCACCUUCCAGAGGUCCAGCUCCCAAAGGUGCUGGAGAUGAAGAUGCCAAGGCCUGAGGUGUCCAUCCCAGAGGUGCACCUUCCAGAGGUCCAGCUCCCAAAGGUGCUGGAGAUGAAGAUGCCCAAGGGACCUGAGGUGUCCAUCCCAGAGGUGCACCUUCCAGAGGUCCAGCUCCCAAAGGUGCUGGAGAUGAAGCUACCCAAGGUCCCAGACAUGUCUAUCCCAGAUGUGCAUCUUCCAGAGAUACAGCUCCCCAAAGUGCCUGAGAUGAAGCUGCCUAAGGUCCCGGACAUGUCUAUCCCAGAUGUGCAUCUUCCAGAGGUACAGCUCACAAAGGCACCCGAGACAACACCUGAGAUGAAGCUGCCCAAGGUCCCAGACAUGUCUAUCCCAGAUGUGCACCUUCCAGAGGUACAGCUCCCCAAAGUUCCAGAGAUGAAACUGCCCAAAGUUCCAGACAUGUCUAUCCCAGAUGUGCACCUUCCAGACGUGCAGCUCCCAAAGGUGCCCGGGAUGCAAAUGCCCAAGAUGCCAGAAAUGCACCUCCCUAAGAUGCCAGAGAUGAAGCUGCCCAAAGCUCCAGGUGUGCGGCUUCCUCAAGAACCCAUAGCACCCCGUGGGGCAGAGCGGGCAGAGGGGCUGGACUUUGGUUUCAAAUUGCCCAAGAUGUCCAUCCCCAAGUUGGGACGAGUGGGAUCUCCUCCACGGGCCAAGGUUGGGGUGGUGAGCCCUGAAGUGCCAGGGCGUGGGAAGCCGUUGCCCGAGCCAGCCACCAAGGGGCCUGAGGCCCGGCUCAGCUUCCCGUCUGUUACACUGCCCUCGGUGGAGCUGGAGCUGCCUGGUACUGGGCUCCCAGGACCCCCUACAGGCGAGGCAGGACCCCCAAAGGGGGCUGCUCCCACACCUAAGCUUCCUGCAGAGCUUUCUGGGAUCUCUCUUGGUACAGUGGAGGAGGGGGAGGCAGGGUUCAAGAUGCCCAGCCUGGUCCUGCCUGCUGUUGAGAUAGCUGCCCCCAAGCUUCCUGAAGGAGGGGCAGAGGGGAAACUGGAAGUGUCUGAGCCCAAACUCAAAUCUCCCAAGUUCUCCCUGCCUAAGUUUGGGCUUUCGGGCCCCAAGGUGGGAAAGGGGGAAGGGGACAGUGAAGGGGGUAUACGCGGGGCCAAGCUGAAAACAUCCAAGUUUGGCAUCACCUUCCCCAAGGUCCGGACAGGUGUUGAGGCUGAAACCAAGGAAUCUGGGGAGGCUCCUCUGCUGUCUGCCCUGGGUGUCUCUGUCCCCCAACUCAGCCUGGAUGUCCAGUUGCCCACAGGCAAGGUGGAGGUGCCCAGCGAGCUGCCUGACAUCAAACUCAAGGGUCCCAAAUUUGCUUUGCCCAGGUUUGGGGCCAAGGGCAAAGAUCUGGAAGCUGGAGAGAUGGCGCUGGGGGAGGGGGAAGCAGAAAGCAAAGGCCGGGGGUGGGAGGCUAAGGUAAAAAUGCCCAAGUUUAAAAUACCUUCAUUUGGGUUGGCACGGGGAAGGGAGGUGGAAGAUGGGGACCAGGGCGGCCCUGAGGACAAACUACACGUGGGGCAUGCUGCCUUGAAAAUACCCCAAGUGGAGCUGCCUACAUUGGUGGCACAGGGAGAGGAGAGAGCGGAGGUGGAGAUGGCAAGGGGAGAGGUCAAGCUGCCAAUCCUUCAGAUCUCAGUGCCUGGGUUGGAAAGUGGGGCAGAGCAGGUGGGCAUGGAGGCCUCUGAGAAGGAUGUCAAGGGCUACAAGGGAGAGAUGGCAAUGCCCACACUGGGAAUCACGGUGCCCCAGGUAGAACUAACUGGUUUUGGGGGGGUUGGCGAAGGGAUGGGAUCUGAGGGAAAAGCUUCCCAGAGGCAGCAGGAAGGGAUGGCUACUGCAACAGAGCGGGGUGUGGGGGGUGUGGGCUUCCGGGUACAGCUGCCCCAGGUGGACCUUUCUCUCCCUGGGGCCCAAGCAGAGAGAGGGGAGAUGCUUGUGGGAGAGGGGGUGUUCAAGAUGCCCGGUGUGACUGUGCCCCAGCUGGAGCUGGACGUGGGGCUUGGGCACAAGGCAGAGGGGACCAGGGAUGCUCUGGUGGGAGGCGAGGGGCAGCCAGUGGCUGAAGGCACAGCAGAGGGGAGAUUCUGGUUGAAGAUGCCCACCUUCAAGGGCAGUGGGGAGGGUGAUGGUCAGCCUGUGGCCCUGCCUGGAGCUUCCCCUGACCAUACCUUCCACCUCUCCCUUCCAGAUGUGGGCUUCACAGUGGAGCCAGGAGCUGCACAGGCAGGCACACCCCUGGAAGGGGGCAAGCAAUGCUCCUGGAUGCCCGAGGUGGAGCUCUCCCAACCCGCCAUGGGCAGCCAUGCUGAAUACCAGGUGGCCGGGGAUGGGCUGGAAGGUGAGGCCGGGCACAGGCCCAAAAUCAAACUGCCUCGAUUUGGGCUCUUGCUAGGGAAAGAAGAGGGAGAUGAUGGGGAGAAGGCCAAGGGAAAGAAGCUGGCAAAGGCGUCAGGCAAGGAUGAAGCUGGUGUCUCUGGGGAAGGAGGAACAAAAAGCUCCCCAGGGUCAGGGAAAUCUACUGUCCUGUUGUCUUGGGGUGGUUCUGGAGAGGGUGGUGGGGAGGCUGGUGGCCGGCUCCGGAGUCCUAAGCUAAGACUGCCUAAAGUAGGCUUCGCCAAGGGUGAAGCUCCCAGUGCUAACGGGAGCAACUCCCCAGGGGAGGAGGUGGGAGCUGCCAUAGCCCUGCACAAUGGGGCAUCCCCAGGCCGCCUUGGCCGUGUGUGCCUGCCCCAAGUGGAACUUGCCUCCCCCUACAAAAGCCCAGAACAGGACCCCGAGCUGAGCCGGAGCCUGGUGGGGGUGGACAGUGGCCCCUUCGCUGCCUUGCGGGUCACUCGUUUCCGCUCCCCCUUCUCCAGCCGCUCUAAAGAGGAAGGGGAGCCUGGUGGGACUGAGGGAUCCCAGAGGUCCCCCGGAGACAAGUCCCCCAAAUUCCACUUCCCCAAGGUGUCGCUGAGCCCCAAGACACAGGGGGUGGCCAAGGGAGCCCCAAGUGAGGAGGAAGAGGGAACAUUCAGGGUCCGGCUGCCUAAGGUGGGCUUCUCUGAGGCAGAAACUGAAGGCGAGCCAACCCCAUUGGGCACUGCCAAGAUGGAGGGGGCCCAAAUGGCAGCCAUCUAAGCUCUUUUAGGGAGGUAGCAGCGUCUUCCCUGUUCUCCCCCUCCCCCUACAACUCUGCGUGUUAGAUACUAGCACUAACCCUGUGAGGCCUGAGAGGUAGGAGCAAACCCAGGAAACACUGGGCACCAGCUACCACUCAGGCUGCAUGCUUCUCAGAGGAAACAUCUGUGUAAUGAUCAGGAGCCAAUUGGUAUGAAUAAAGUAACCCUAAGUCUGCUACUUUGUCUGGUAACCUCUAGCAAGAAGCCCUGGGACUUUGGUUUGGGGGUCACUGGGCCCCUCUUCUUCACUCUUAGGUAAGAAGGAACCAGGAGAGACCAGAGAUUGGGUGGGAGCAUUAUGGUUGUCCCCUAUGGGGGCUGGACAAAAUAUAGGCACCCUUGACCUGGGGGCAUCUCUGACUUGAGGUGAGAACCAAGAUCCCUGGCCUCGGGGAACCCCAGUAGAGAGGGAUAUGUGAUGGGGAAACAAGGUCCCUGCUCUUGCAGAGAGGGACACGAAGCCUCUGCCCUCACGUGGUACUCUGUGGACGGAAGCCCUUGGAAUGAGAUUGCUCUAGAGGUGGGAGGGAUCACCUCGUCUGCUGUCAGGGGAACCUCUCGAUCUAGGGUGACAGGGAGGAGAUAGAGCGGCAACUCCUGGGGUAAAUCAUCUCCCCUCCAGAGAGGAGAGCCCUCCUUUUAUAUGAGGGAAGCUAGAGGCUUGUUUCGGGAGGCCAUCAAUUUGUGGCCUCAGAAUCCCGGUCCAGAGGAACGGGUGGUGUAUUGGGACAAGAGGGGCAGAGAGAACAGACCCUUCGGCCCUGCUCCCAACUCUGGGCACCAAGAUGGGAGGGGAACAUUAGGCGGCUAAGAUGGGGUGGAGGGCACCAAGUAGAACAUGGGGAGGGGUAUGUGGCUGAGCCCAUAAUGGCUCUUUGUUGACCCUUGUAUUUACCACUGGGUGGGGAGAAAGGUGGCACUUGGUUGCUGGGGGCUCGUGCUGAAGCGCAUCCACACGCAUGUCCAGUGACUGGCGGGGCAGGGCAGGGCAGGGCGGGGCCAAGGCAUUGUAAUCUGGGGGCAGGGGGAGCUCAGUUGGUAUGGUGGGGUGGGGUGAGGCAGGGCAGGGACAGAUGGCAGAGCUGGCUCGGCGGGGACCACCCUCCAGUAACCUCCUUUCCUGGUGUUCUGGUCCAACCAGUUUGCCGGGGCUGGCGGCGCCCAGAGGGGAGGCAGGAGGCCCAGAGGGCCCGUCUUCUCCAGCAAGGCCUCAACAUUUGUGACCAAGGGCAGUACUGCCCUAGGAGGGGGCUCAGCUCUCUUUUCCCCAAUCCCUCCUCUCAGGAAGGGAAACGGAGGCCUAGCUCAGGGUGGACCACAUGAAUCAUAAAAUCUCAGAGAUGGAUAAGACCUCGGAGGGCUGCUAUUCUAACCUGUGUCUGAGGAGUCCCCCGGCAGCAUCCCUGACUAUAAGAGUCACCCACACGAGUAGAGAAUUCUAGGCCUGGGUUUAGCAAGGGCACCUUUCCAAUGGUGACUUCUUCAA